GUCUUUCAGCCCUGCACCGAGCGGCUUGGGACGGCGAUGCGGCGGAGGUGCAACGCCUCAUCGAAGCUGGAGCAGAUGUCGAACUCCAGGACAAGACCUCCGAUCGCCAGGGGGCCUUGGAGACUCCAAAGGGCCAAAGACCUCUCCACUAUGCGGCCGACAAGGGCCACGUGGAGGUCCUCGAGCGGCUCUUGGCCGCGAAAGCCACGGUGGACGCAGAGGAUGAGGACGGCCGGGGAGCCCCGGAGCUCGGGACGCGGACCGAAG